UUAGACCAAUCUGCUGUUCGAAGAAUGCUCCAUGCUGGUGGAGUGAACAAGAAAACGUUAAAAAAGAAACAUAAAAUUGAGAAAGCAAUGGUAACGUUAAAGAAACAAAAGAAGAAACAAAGAAAUCCAUCGGCUGUAAACUUUUCAGCUCUUCACCUCAUCAAUGACCCUCAGGGUUUCAGUGAAAGGCUGUUUAAGCAGCUUGAAUCAUCAACGGAACGAUUUGAAGUGAAACUGAUGAUAAUGGACUUGAUAUCGAGACUUGUCGGGAUUCAUCAGCUCUUUUUGUUCAACUUUUAUCCUUUCAUUCAACGAUAUUUGCAGCCACAUCAAAGAGAAGUGACCAAACUCCUGACCUACUUUGCCCAGGCCUGUCAUGAUCUGGUUCCUCCAGAGGUUAUCGAGUCAGGUUUGAAAGCGAUUGUAAAUAAUUUUGUUACAGAAAGGAAUUCUAACGAAGUAAUGGCGGUUGGUUUGAACGCUGUUCGUGAAGUUUGUGCAAGGUGUCCUUUGGUAAUGACAGACGAGUUACUUCAGGAUUUAGCGCAGUACAAGACAUCUAAAGACAAAAGUGUUAUGAUGGCAGCGCGAUCGCUCAUUCAACUAUUCCGGUCCGUGAAUCCAGCACUUCUUCACAAGAAAGACAGGGGAAAACCAACAGAAGCAAGUAAGGAGGUGACAGUGAAGCAGUAUGGAGAGCUUAAAACAACAGACUUCGUUCCAGGGACAGAGGCACUUGAUGACGAACAGGAUGGAGAGAAGCAAACCAACAACGAAAACCAAGGUAAAUUUGAUUUCUUCAGAGAUCCUGAGUGACAGAGAUCCUGAGUGACAGAGAUCCUGCGUGACAGAGAUUAUGCGUGACUGAGAUCCUGCGUGACAGAGAUCCUACGUGACAGUGAACCGGCGUAACAUGGCUUAUUGUUUCUCGCUUCCUCUUAGGAAAAUCUUAGCGAUGGAGAGGGAAGUUUUGGGGGGGUGGUAGCGUUAGGUUCACGCCUAGAAGCGUACCACUAAAACCAAAACAAAAAGGAGGAACAAGAAAUGAUAAUAGAAUACAGAGAAAGACAAAAAAAGAAGGAAGGCUGUUUCAGCCUUUGUAUAGCAUAGCUAACGUGAUAGCUAUGGGUUUCCACAAAAAGAGAUGUAGAGAUCUAGAUAUCUCUAGAGACGCUGUGAGUGCUCUUACAAGCGCUGUAAUAGAUUAUAAAUAAUCAAUUUUAUUCACAGAGGGUUACACGUAACAGUAUUUCAACUGAAGAACAAAUAGCCCUCUAUCCUAAAUCUAAAAUACACUAGACAAUAUGGAUACACUAUAGAUAUGCUACACAAACAAUAGUCUCCCUUUGGCGCGAAAAUAUGCACUGACAUUUGUCUGCGGACAUCAUCUGUUCCGAGAUGCGAACAGUUUUCCUCGAGCUUCGCUCUCCGAAAACUGUGGGAAAAAUUUUUACGGACAGCUUACCGUUUACCGCACGAGAUGUUCACGCGGUAAACGGUAAGGUAGGACUCUGAAUAAACAAACAAGUCACUUCUUCUUCUCUAACAACCACAAAACGCUCUGAAAUAAAUUUUUGAACGAGGACUUAUCGUAGUGGAAGGUUCGAAAAUUGGGGAAUACUAUUUGGGGUAUAUUCUCAUAUAUUCUUCAGUUUUAGCUGGAGCAGAUUCGGUCACGUGAGGCGUGUGGACUAAUCACGCACGAACAAAAAUAUUUGAAGGAUCAUAAAU